AUGCCUGAUCACCCAAAUGUUCCACCAUAUAUUUCAAACCAACAGCAUGCAUAUCAUUCACAACCGGCGCACCAGCAGCAACAGCAACAACAGCUUCACCUACAAACAGUGCCCAAUGGAGAGUUUCAAAGUCCCAGUUUCCAAGUAAAUCAGUUUUACGCUGAGCAAAAUCUGUUUCAGCAAAUGCAGAUGCAAAAAUUGCAAUUGGCACAGGAGCAGCAGCAGCAGCAACAACAACAAGAACGACAACAACAAGAGCAAGCUCGACAACAACAGCAAGCUCAGCAACAGCAGCAACGUGCCAAACCGAAAAAGGUAAAGCCGGUUUCAACCACACCUAAAAAGAAAAGAGGUAGACCACCAAAACCCGACUCUUUUGCUCAAAGAAUUACAAGCACAAUGAACAUUAAUGUCAAUACUUCUCCCUUGAGUAGUAGUCCUGCUGAAUCAAACUCCAAUUCCGCUGCUAGACAAGGCGCUCCAAAUGUAUUUACUCCAUUGAUGAGAGUCAGUCCCACCACCAAAACCAAAAGAAGGAGAAAAAACUCGACAACAUCAACCAUAUCAAACCCAUCACCUGGUUUGUUGAAAAAGGCUAAGUCUUUUUCCCUUCCAUCAACAACAAUGUUGGCAACACCAUUGUCAUCAGUUGGUACUACUUUCCCCAAUUCUAUUGAAUCACAGUAUCAUUUUAAUAAAAAUACAUUGGAUAAUAUUUCUAUGAUUACACAACUGCAACCAAAGCCUACUAGGUCACAAUCGAUGUAUAAUUCACCACCUUCUGCGCAAAAAGAUGGGUAUUUUGUGCCACAUCAUGAAAAUUUGGAUGCUAUGAAAUCUCAAGAACAUGCUGGUGCAUCAUCACCAACGAGGAAGAAAUCACCAGAUAGAAAUUUGUUGCCACCUGCUAUGUUAGGAAACCCACCAAAAGAGAAGGAGAGAGAGAAGGAGAAGGAGGAGACAAAAUCAUCUGAUGACUUCCAGUUGAAGUUGGUUAUUGACGACCUGGGAAAGGCGGUGUUGGCAAGCGACAUGUUCAACACAGUUACGUCUGAAGCUGCAAUUGCACCAGCACCUACACCCAAACCACCAUUGUCUCAUGAACCCUCGCGUGGUGUUUUACGUAGAUGCAACUCAGACAUUACCGGUUCUAUAACUCAACCCAAAUUGGAAUCACAACUUGCCUCUGUCAAUGAGAAUUUUAUGACAAAUCCGCAAACACCAAAAGACAAUUAUAUGUAUGUAUCUACUGGACUUACACCUAUUUUCAACUUGACUCCACAAUUCAAUUCAUUGAUGAAUUCAGUCAUGAGUUUGAAUUCACCACAAUAUAAAAAGGGAGGCAUGAAUCCGUUCCUAGUGAAUCAAGAGAUUUUCACCAGUGAAAAUCAGCAAACGCCACAUCAAAUCCCCAUUACACUUUCUCAUAUUCAGCAUUUGGAAAAUUUAGAUGAACAUCCAAGUGAGGAAAAUGAGCUAGCAAAAGAUCCUGAGGAUAACGCCAGUUCAGAUGAUUCUGGUGAUGCCAGACUUGCAUUAAAGCGAGUCAUGUACGUUCCUAAAGACUAA